CCGCCGAAUACUCACGAGCUGCCAGUGCAGCACUUGCCAGCAGGUAAUAAAACCGCCAGCGUGCCAUAGACAGAAUCAUAGCAAUUAUUGUGCCUGAUUACCUCACCUCAAUGUUUUAGUUCUGCUGCUACUGUUACCUACUUUGAAGUAGGUUAUAUCAAAGUAGGUUAUACCUAGCUCUAGCUCGCCGUCGACGGUAGCUAGUACUACUAGUAGUAGUAGUAGAGCAUCUACCAGUAUUCGAAGAAAGCCAUUAUUUUAGAUUUAGUUAGGCGUAUCACGAUUGUUGAGGGUUUCGGAAAGCACCAUGGGUGCUGCUGCUACGACGACCUUCAACGUAUGUACCGGGCCAGAACGUAGGGCUGCUGAUCGAAGGAGUCACUCUAUCGACAAACAGCUACGGCAAUGGUGGAGGGAAGACUGUCGGAGAAUAAAGCUUUUGUUUCUGGGCUCGUGUGACUCUGACGAAGGUGACGUAGUGGAGCAGAUUCUGAAAACACACUAUGCAAGCGGCUCCGGCGCGGAUCAUGUUAUGUUUCGCAAUGCCCUUCACCGGAAUCUCGUGGAGAGCAUGCGAUGCCUUGUGACACAUAUGAACUACUACUCCAUUGAGUACAGUAAUCCUCAGUUCAAGGACAAAGCCUGGCAGGAGGCGUUCUGUGAAGAUCUCUUGAAUUCAGCAACUCUCCAUCUUGGCACUUUGAACAUGAUUGAGAAGGUUUGGAUGGAUGAGGGCGUGCGUCAGUGUUUUCAACGCCUGCUCGAGCUGAAUACGUCAGACAUCAAUGAGAGCACGGAGUAUCUUCUCAGCAAUGUACGCCGUUACAUGGCAGAGAAUUUUAUGGCCACACGGGACGACAUCCGUCAUGUCCGUCUCCAUGCAACUAAUAAGCCGGGCAUCCAGUGCACUGGUACACGCUACAGAGAUGUGGAGUUCUUAUUAUUUGAUCUUCGUGCAGCCGGAAUGAUGAUUCCCAGACCUCAGACAAGUUUGAAGCUGGUCUGCCAAUCCGAGGGCGCAAUGACAAUAGUGUUCUGUGCAUCGCUAGCUGAUUACGACCGUGUGCGCGCCGGCGACGAAAGUACAAAUUGCUUACUGGAGAGUCUGGAUCUGUUUAGUCAGGUCUGUAAUGGCAGUGGUUUUCGUGGUUACGAUCACCAUGACCAUUCAAAUAUAGUUCUUCUGCUAACCAACACUGAGUCAUUCAGGGAGAAGAUUUCGACAACACCGCUCAGCAUCUGCUUUCCCGAGUACAAUGGCCAGGACACGACUGAAGAGGCCAUUGCCUACAUUGAGAAAAAGUUCAAUGAGGUGAACAGGAUUGGAAGGCAGCUAUUUGUGCACAGGACUCGUACGUACGAUAGCUCGACAAUGGCAUUACUGUACAGCGCAGCAACGAGUUCAGUUAUUCAGAAUGUCAUGGGGGCAAUUUUCAAGGACAAAUGAUGAGAUGAGCGACUACAGUACUCCGCCUGUAGCAAUGCUGCAUGUACUUGAAUUUCAGUGAACCGUUUACUGGCAUUCAAUAUAGGUUGUAGAACUGAUUGGCCACCCAUAUACAUAUACCUCAUCUCCACUGGUCGGUGGCCUGUACAUUAACCGGAUUAUCACCGUACUCUAAUGCACGUACACAAACACUGUAGCUCGUAUCAGUAUAUACACUCUUGACCAGUUUGAUUAUGUUGACAUAUACAAUCGUGUAUGUAUGGUGGGUCUGGCUUUUUUCUCCUUUCAGGCAGUUCACUUCCCCGAAUGAUCCUUUGAAUUUGAAGUUCUCCCAAUCCUUUAAAUAUUACAAUAUUACACUAGGAUUCUAAUUAUACAACAGCAGAAGUCAAGAAGACACAUUCUGAUAUAGGUCUUUCCAGUGAAACAAAUCCAGUGCAUGUGGUGAAUAGUGUGCUAAGGCAAUCUACAUGUGGAUGAAAGUGGAUAUUUUUCAACAUGGAGAUAAUCAAAGCACUUCACCAUAGCUCAGUGGUUAGAGCAUCGCUGGCCUCAAACAAAAGUCCCUGGUUCGAGUCCUGGUGGUCACAGUCAAUUUUUUCUUCAGUCUUUUGAACUCUUUUCCCGUUUGCAUCUUUCCCUCAAACCAAAUGAGUAGAGAUAAUUGAAAGUAUCUGCCUGCGGCAUUGAAAUACAAUUUAGUUUAGAUUA